AUCAUGUUGCUGUAGUAGUGUGGGGUUGAGCCGUGUCCGACUUCUCACUGAGAGUGAGGCUGCUGCUCCGAUCUUGCUUGGUCUCCUAAUGGACGGUACGGAGCAGCAGCACGCUGACGUGUCAUUGGGCAGGCCGCUAAGCGGCCCGAAUCGUUUGCGAACUCCUCGCAACAGCAUCGACUUCAUCGCCUUCAAUCAAGCUCAAGGCAUCGGCGGCGGUCGAGAGGACUCUGGUGGUCGCUCGCCAGGACUGCAGCCUAGUAAUGGAGGAAUGGCGAGACAUACGGUGAUGCAGCGACAACACGCUAGGCCUCAACAAGGCCAUGGCCGUGGCACAGACUACCAAGUUGCCGUCAACUUGCCCAACGGUGACAAAGCCAAGCUCUUCGGCAGAGCUGGCAUGAGCGUGGAGUCGCUCAUUCAGCCUCUGGUGCAAGACCUGCAGUGGAAAGAGUAUCGAGUGGUACUGAGCGCGACACGAACGCAGGUGAAUCGCGAAGAGUCUUCAGCAGUGCUGGAUGGCAAGGAUAUUGACAUCGAAGACACUGCAGCAAUGCGGAAGAAGGCCGGUGAAGAGAUACUGGAAUCUGAAAAGAUCUAUUUCAACAGUCUCAAUCUAGUGAUCGACACGUAUGCUGAACCGCUCAAGAAAUGGAAAUUGCACAAGGUCAGCCAGGACACCCUGUUCAGCGGUAUCUAUGGGCUACGCAAGCUGAGUGAGAAUCUGAUUGAAGAGCUUGAAGAUGCAUUAGAGCGGUGGCAUGAAGAGAAGACUUGUGUUGGUUGCAUUCUGAACAGGCAGCCCAAUUUCCCUGGAGUAUUUGAGGAUUACAGCUAUUCUUACACAAAAGCAGCAAGGCUCUUGCGUGAGAAGCGCAGCAGUCAGCACGACAACGGGUUUACGGCAUUCAUCUCUGCACAGAGAGGGAGUGCAGUGCACUCACUUGACUCACUUCUAUUAGUACCGAAUCAACGGAUUCAAACGUACGGUAAGCUAUUGAGCGACUUGAUGUAUGCAACACCGGAUGCCCACCACGACCGAGUGGAGCUUCAGAAGGUGACCAACGCUGUAUCACAGCUGCUUGAUAGACGGACAGAAGCACUGUCCAACGCUGAGAAUCAGGCGAAGCUGGAGUACAUGCAAGCGCGUUUCACUCAGCAACUGCACCUCAACAGACCAAUCGACUAUGUUUUCCAACCCACAAAGCGGAAAAAGAACACUUCAAGCUCCAAUAUCACCUCUCCAACACCUGACUUCCUUGUGAGUUGUGGGGAUGUGCAGCUUACCGACUCUCGGCCGAACAGCAAAGGACUUAGCAAGCAGGAGCCGAACCUGGCGAACCGCCGCUACAUCCAGGAGGGCCCGGUCCAGUUGACUAUGAUUUCAAAGAGUGCCACGAAAGAUCGCUAUCUAUUCCUGCUCAGUGAUGUAAUAUUCUCAGCAAAGCGAAAAGCUACAGCGACGACGUCAUCAAACAGCUUUCACAUGAAGGAUCGGCAGAGGAUUCGUGACGUGUGGAUAGCCCAGUGUCCGGAGGAUCUGCAAACGGAGCUCUCUGACUUUGGCUUGGAGCCACACUGCUCCUUCCUGAUGGGAUGGCCGCUUGCAAACUAUGUAGCAACAUUCAGCACACCCCAGGAGAAAGAGAUGUGGUUCUGCCUGCUGAAGACGCAAAUUGAGGAGCCUUGUGAGGAGAGCCAGCGUCAGACAGUGCCCAUUUGCAUUCUGAACAAGGCUACAGGCAAUUCUACUGCAUAUGUUCCCAAGAAGAUCAUUGAAGUGUCCACUGCGCACACGAUUAGGGAUGUAAUGAACAUGGCUCUGGAAAUCUGGAAGAUUGAGGAUGAUAUAACACGGUACUGCAUGUCCGUCCAUUCAGGCAAGGAGGAGAAUUCAUUUCCUCUCUUCGGUCAUGAGCGGCCCUACUCCAUAAAGCUGUUUAUGAACACAAGGCGGCUGGACAGCAACAGCGUCAAUGAGGAUACCCGGCUGCAGCAAACCGCGCCGUUUCAGUUUGUCUUGCGAACAUGCCAGUCACGUGUGCCGUACUUCUCUGGAGAGAAACAGCAGCCCCGCAGUCGCCGUGCAAGGAACCGGGGAAUUGGCCGCUCAGUCAGUUCCACUCUUGUGCACUUGAUUCUCCCGCGCAACAGAGGCCGAGAAAACCCGACCAUCAACGACGAAGAAGAGGAUGUACCUCCGACGUUUGGCCAGCCCUUGGAGCGGGUCUUUUCACCGGAUAUUCCUUCCUGGCUGCAGAUUGCGUUGGUCCGACUGUACAUGGAUGGUCCGGACACCAAUGGCAUACUACGCAGGUCGGCCAGCGCCCGACAGGUGCGCGAACUGCGCGAGGACAUUGACCGAGGACUUGAACCAGACAUUGCUGGGUCACCGGUGCUGUGUAUCGGGGCGCUGAUAAAGGAAUUUUUGAGAAGCGUUCCGGGAUACAUUCUGAAUGGUGACUUGUACACGGAGUGGGUGGCUUGCCUCGAUCCUUCAGGCGAUGCUGCGAAGGUGAAGCAAGUGCGGAGGAUGCUUGAGCGACUGCCGAUGGCCAACCAGUUGCUGCUGCAUAACUUCUUCGUCAUUCUGGCCAAGAUUGCUGAAAACCAUGCCGUGAAUCAGAUGCACAGCGAGAAUGUGGCCAUCUGCGUGUCUCCCAGCCUUCUAUCGCCAGCCGAUGAUAUGCAGGUCCUGAAGAAUGAAGUGCCACCCCUCAUUCAGUUCAUUGUGCAGAAUAUCGAUGAAAUCUUUGACGGCUAUGACACGCCAGUUGUGGUGAAAGCGGCCAACGACAUCAAGGAACGUACCAAGCUCGAGGGCUUGGAAGAGGGCCUGGAGAGCCCAGAGUUCAGUCCCGAUCAUCAGCAGCAUGCGGUGAGUGAUCCCAACCUGAGAUCCACACUGCUUUCAUCUAGCAACGAUGAGCUAGCUGAUGAUGAGCCAGCACCGUCCGGUAUGGCCAUGAACCACUCAACUUCGAGAAUGUUCUCCAGCAGCACACCACUUCUCUUCAACGACGACACGCACACACCGACAACCCACCUUGCCGCUCACAGCAUGGGAGAGAGCAGCGAUGUUACCAACGGCGGCGAAUCGCUGUCCAGUAUCAGUGCAGUGAGUGGCAUUGCCGGUGAUAGCAGCAUGGCGUUGAGCUCAUCACCCCAGCUCCCACGCAGCACUGCACACAUACCGCCUGGCCCGGGGCAAGUGGCACGUGCCAAUGCUGCCGUGUGGCGAGCAGGCAGUGUUGACACCGCCGUCAGCACCAACUCCCCGGCGGGGUCUCGCCUGGUGGUGUAUCGACAUCGACAGGCGCAGCAGCGCGCUUUGGAGGCCCAGCAGGCAGCGCCGGGUGGCGGUAGCAUGGCGGACACUGCAUCGUCCGGCUCACAGAGAACCAAGCUACACUCGUCCGCGUCUAUGUUCGUCGAUCAACUGGCCAUGGGCCGGUCACCGGGCAUGCCACAUCGCAACGCAACAGCAGCUGAUCUGGACGCUGAGGCCGCCGCCGGUACACGCAGCCUGCAGGAGCUCUAUGAAAUCUACAGCGUAAGAUCGCAUGGCAAGAAUCAAGAUCGCAAGCGCUCUAGUGUUUCACUGCCGCCGACUGGCUUCCACUCGGCCUCCCUACCGACCACACCAUCCCAUAGCUCAAAGAUGUCUUCAACAACCAGCCGGCUAACAAGAGAGGUGGACCAAACACAGUCUGAGCGCAUUCGGCGCAGCAUGGGAAGGCACUGGUACUCUCUGGACAAUCCCGAGCUGGACAAUGAGAACAAGCAGGCCCAACCUCCAGCGCAAUCAACACAACCGGCACAAUCAGCAGCAUCCGCUGACCAGAGCAUGUCCCAGUACGCAAGCUCUCCACCGCAGCGACCUGCCGCUCGCGUCGCUGCCAACGAUGACGCCCUGUACACUGUGCUGCACGAACGACUGGGUCUUACAAAGGCUAGUACUGCUGCUGCUGCUGGCAAUGCAGCUGCAUCCCAGAGCGACAACUCACCAGCAUCAGCACGCAGACCUACCAUACGAGUGCAACAAACGGCCACACAGAGGUACGACGAUAGCAGCAGCGAUAGCGGCAGUGACGAUUCAGACGAGGGGCCCGCCGCGACGGCCUUCCUGAGCCCGAAUGAAAAGUUCCUUGCACAGCAGCAGACGCGCUCGCUCGGCAAGGCACGCGGUGCAGCUGCUGUCAGUCGAACUGUUGACGGCCAGGUAAGUGCAACCCUGUAUACACGGCGAUCGUCAGUAUCAACGGUGCCUGCACGAGUAACGACGAAAGCGUUCGAACUGCCCAUGCCCCGUCAGCCUGUCUUUGAAGACGUCAAGUUUGAUGAGGAGUCUUACGUUUAGACACAUGUAACUACUGACUAGGCUUCUCACUCGUAGGACAGUUAGGCUCUUCUCCUCAGCAAUGUUUUUUUUCUUCUGAACUCGUAUACCAGAAAUGCACUACAGCCCUAUAGCCAGAUAUUUCCAUUCUUUUACAUUAGAUCUGCCUUGAACAGUGAUCAGCUAUGUUGCGCCACUAUGGUGAUGAUGAUGAUGUGUGUGUGUGUGUGUGUGUGUGUGUGUGUGUGUGUGUGUGUGUGUGUUUUCGAUCGGUAGUUUUGUUUGAUGUUGUUUCCAUUGUAAUAACCCGCAAUAACCCACAUCAUGACUUCUCUCCGUCAUUUGAUCAGACAGGCUCCAUGAACAGCAACACUAACUUACAUUUAUAACCAUGUCACAGGAAUGAACAACCCUAUCAGAUCGGCAGCAGCUGCGACGGCAGCAUGCUCUACUGCCACACUAAUGACAGUCACGCUCGCAGUGCGGGUAUAACUAAACUUAGGAGAGA